AUGAAAGACAACAGUGACGAGAUGGAGGUUGACAUGGAGACCUCAAUUGUACAAACACAAGAGGCUUUGACUUGUACUAGGAAACUUAACUCCACACCUCCAAUUGAAAUUGCAUUCUCAGCAUCUGCUGGUAUGUUUGUGUAUCAGAUGGGAGUAGCUGCAUUCCUGCAAGAUCACUUUAAUCUAUCCAAUUGUCGCUUUUUAGGAUGCUCUGGUGGAUCAUGGGUAGCCACGUUGUUGGCAUCCGAAACCUCAGUGCGAGAGGCAUGGCGAGUGAUUAAAGAGAUGCAAGCCAAGAUUAUUACGUCGCCGAAAUGGUAUUCGGGCUACUGUCUCUACGCCACCAUAGUAGAGUAA